AUGAACAACCAACAAUUCCACCACGUGCUCCUCUCACUCAUUGCUUACAUUCGAGAAGUAGCAGAUCUUAUUGAAGCAGCUCAGACGAAAUUACAAGAAGGCUUCACCAUGGAUGAAACCUCUCACACCUGUCUCUCGACAGAUGGUGACAACCCCAUCUCCAGAAUCCUGAAAACAAUCCUGCAAGAUACCAAAGAGGAGGACCAGUCCAUGGAAGACAACAUCUCCUUCAUGCUUGGAUCAAUUCAUAAACGAAUUGGAAAAUACAAACGCACAAUCAAAGAUACAACUGAUGACUAA